GGGUGGUGUUUACAUGUAGUACGUCCCCUCGCGGCAAUCCUCUUACGUAAGCCUACGGGGGUGCAGCCCUCGCGAGAUUGGGAAUGGGAAAUGAGGAAUGUCAAGUGUCAACAUCGAGCAGACGACAGCGCUGCAGUGUUGGUGUCCGGACGGAGCAGGGAGGGGAGCGAGAGACGCGGCUGCUCGACCGUCGGGUCAGCCUGAACUUCUGUGAGAGAUGGGAGAUGAUCGCCCAUUUGUAUGUACUGCCCCUGGAUGUGGGCAGAGAUUCACCAAUGAAGAUCAUCUUUCUGUACAUAAACAUAAACAUGAAAUGACAUUAAAAUUUGGUCCUGCUAGAACAGACUCUGUUAUCAUAGCAGACCAGACCCCCACACCCACCCGUUUCCUGAAGAACUGUGAGGAAGUUGGACUAUUCAAUGACCUGGCCAAUUCCUUUGAACAGGACUUUUGCAAAGUGCAAGAAGAGGACCACAGGACAAAAAACACAGGUUCAACUUUACAAACACAAUGUGCAACCUCACAAAUAAAGUGCACAGCAAAGAAUGAAGAUGAAGAUCCUUUAGAAGUGGAUUCUUCACCACCAGAUAGUCCAGAUUCGUCCUCCAGCAUGUCAGAUAUCAGCAAAGACUCGAGGGAGAUUCUGACAAAACCAGUAGCGAGUUCUGCCCAGACUCCAACCAUUGUGCGUCCAGGUUCUCUCCCUCUACACAUUAGCAAUGAUUCUCUUCACCCUACACUGCCAUCUCCAACGUCUGUCAUCACACAGGCGCCACCAUCUAACCGACAACUCAGCUCGCCGACAAGCUCUUAUCCUCUCGUGAGGCAUCUUGCUAAUGGGCAAACUGUCCCACUGCUCCCCAGUCCUGUGCAGAUGACCUCAGUCAUAUCUCUUGUGAGGCCCGGUAACUCAGUGCCCAACAUUCCUGGGAUCCCAGGACCCCCAGUGGGUGGAGCUAGCAGCGGUUCAUCUUCCCCAUCAGGUUAUCACCUGCAAUCCGAGACCAAGAUGCGCUUAAAGGCAGCCCUGAGUAAUCAAGGCCCAGGAGCGCAUGAUGGUAGUGGCGGCGGGGGGGCAGGAUCCUUCCCGGCAGUCCCCCAGAAGCAGGAACAGAGCCAGCAGCCCACUCAAAAUUCAGAUGCACCGUCACCUGCCCAACCACAGGUGUCCCCUGCGCAGCCAACUGGAGGCCGUCGGCGGCGAGCCUCUGAAAUGGACCCUGAUGAGAGGAGGCAGCGUUUUCUAGAAAGGAACAGAGCAGCUGCCUCGCGCUGCAGGCAGAAGCGGAAGUUGUGGGUGAAUUCUUUGGAGAAGAAGGCAGAUGAUCUUGCGAGCAUGAAUGUCUCUCUGACGAACGAAGUAACGCUUUUAAGGAAUGAGGUGGCUCAGCUGAAACAGCUCCUCCUCGCCCACAAAGACUGCCCCGUCACUGUCAUGCAGAAGAAAGCUGCUUUCUUAGCUGCAGGAGGAGAGGAAGCCCCUCGGGAUAUUUCAGCUGAACCCAUCGGAUCCCCCGCAGCAGUCAUUCAGCACGGGCCGUCCCCCACGGCGCCGCCUUCCAGCCCAGGGCCCACCAUUAAUGGCAUGAGUGUCCGCGCCGCGGAGGCGGUGGCUAUGUCGGUCUUGGCUGGCAUGGGAUCUGGCCAACCGGGAGGGGUCGUCAUGGUGACGCAGUCUCAGUCAACCUCGAGAUGAUGUGCUGACGCAGGUAGCCAGUAUAAACUCAAGCGGCGUUUCGGAGGCUGGACUCGUGCGACAUGUUAAACGGAGCGGGUCGCCGUCACUCCCGUACACCCCCAGAUUCAGACCCUCUCCUCCCCUCUUGGCCUAUGAUAAUCACAAAAAGACACGGUAUCAGGCCUUCUCUCGCCCUUCUUCUCUCUGUGUAUGUAAAUAAGGAAACCACUCUGCGGAGUUUGAGUUCACAUCCUGUAUUUGAAUGAUAAGUACGAAUGAAAAACCAUCAGUCUUUUAUCACUUCAGUCCCACACAAAAAUCAGUGCCUGUCUGUGCGUGACCCACAAACCUGGCUUUGAUGCAUCUGACUGAAUAUUUGACUGAGAGAUAUUCACUCGCCUGAAGAGGGUCCCUCCUUUGUGCUGAAACAAUAUUUUACCGAUGCAGUGAACUUCCAGUGACGUGUCUGAUUUGGUGGAGGGUUUUGUUGCUUUCUACUUUGCUUUUGUUGUUCAUUUUUAUGUGGGACACUUUAAUUACCUACACUGUCUGGCCCACUAAAAGUCUUGUAUUCAGCUCAAUUGCCUCUAGCUUUAAAUAUGUUGCCUUGGCAUUUGAUAGGCUUGCGCUAAUUCGGCUUAUGCAAUGUUUUCAACCAUUUAUGUUCAGACUCAGUCGCAUUCAUUUGGUCUCAAUAUUAUCUGCGAUAAUCUUGACUGCUACAUGGGUCUCCUGCACAUCCCAAAGAUAAAAGACAGACUGACUUUGUUUCAUUUCAUCCUCUACCCAUUGCUCUCAAACAGGGUCACUCUGCAUCGUGAUCAAUAUUUAUGCUUCCUUGUGUCACUAAGGUCUUUUUUGGUUAGUUAGUUUUGGGCUCUUCACCUUGUUUGGGAAAAUAUUGUAACUGCUAGUGGUAACCAUGAACUUAACAUUUUUUUUCCUCUACAUAUUUGGAUUCACUAAAUAUUCACGUUUUCCUACUUUACCACUUUUCUUCCCGGAAGUUGAUUCUUCACCUCGUGUUUGGGAGUUCUUAAUUCAGAAAAGUCAUUCUCACUCCUCUUAAACAGUUGUGCUAUCUUUUCCAUGAACGUAUCUGCCAGCACUACUCUGCAAUAGUAAGAGUGAAAUAACUUCUUAUAAUUACUGCAGUAAAUUAUCCAAUAGCUGUCUCCUACUGGUUUGUCUAGUCAAAUCCGGUUGGUGGUAGUUUUUUUUUCCCUGGCAGUUUUUCAAUUUCAGUUAAUUGUUCCUCAAAGAACUUGGUGCUGUCAAGGUAGUGCGUAAUAAGCAGUUUGCCCGCCUUCCCUUUGAAUUGUUUUACCAGCCUCCAAUAGACAUAAUAGACAAUAUAUAUAAAACCUUAUGACUGCAUGGAUUGUUCACAGUUGAGGUAUACCACUUUGUCAUGGUUUCAGUCUUUUGGAUGGCCAUUUUAGCAAGUUUACGACGUUAAGGAGUCUUAACCUGAAUCCUGACGGUUAGCGUUAGAUGACUUCUAAGACUAAAAAUGAAAACAAGCAAAUAUUAAACCAUUUCCCCAUGGCAUUUCAGUUGAGGAACGAGUAGUGCAAUAUAUUUUUCUAUUAAGUAUCAAAUGUUUUUGCGUUUCAGCCCAGCCACUGAGAGGCAUGUGGUCUAAUGCAGAUGACCAGAGAAAAUGUGAAUAAGUGUAUUCUCGAAUGAAUGAGCUUGGUGGUUAUGCACGUCUGUGGAGCAUUACAGAUUUCCUGUGUGCUUUACAAUAUUUGCAAAAGCAUUUUUUUUUAUUGUGAAUUAGACAAAAGUGGUUGUGCAAGGUGCUUCUUAUGAAAUGUUGUUUUUAAUUGGAGAUUAUUUUAUACCGCAUCGUACUUCCAAGACUGUCCUGUCAUUAGCUACUUGCCACUGUCGCCUUUAAAACAACCUGACAUUCUUAUCAUUUUUUUAAGUCAC